AUGUUAUGCUUUUUAUUUUGUGUGGAGGUUUUGAUAUCUUGCUUUUCUGGUCAGGUGAAUAGAAAAUGGCCUGCAAAACAGCGGAAGAUUGCUCUGUUGGUUGAUGAAGCUGAUCUGCUUCAAAAAAAGUUUAGACUAUGCUGUUUAAGUUAUUCGGCCAGACGAGAUGUCAAGUUUGCAUUUAAGCUUGCGAGAGAUGCAAUUGUGUCUCGGUCCAUGAGCCCGUCGGAGCCUGGGAGUAGUAAGAGUGUGAAUGAAACUUGUGUUAUAUGUUUGGAGGAUACUGAUGUCAGUCAGAUUUUUUCAGUUGAUAGAUGUCAACACCGCUAUUGCUUCUCUUGCAUGAAACAACAUGUGGAGGUGAAGUUGCUUCAUGGAAUUUUGCCAAAGUGCCCUCAUGAGGGGUGUGAGUAUGAGCUUCUGGUUGACAGCUGUCAGAACUUUUUGACUCCAAAGUUAACUGAGACCAUGCGGCAACGCAAAUUGGAAGCUUCAAUUCCUGCUGCUGAAAAAGUUUACUGCCCUUAUCCAAGAUGCUCUGCAUUAAUGACAAGAACCGAGGUCUUUGAGUAUUCGGAAAAUCUUAUUGGCGUAUCUGACCAAGCAGGACCAAAGAAAUGCUUAAAAUGUCAUGGCCUUUUCUGUUUUAAUUGCAAGGUCCCUUGGCAUAGCGGUAUGACAUGUCUUGUUUACAAAAGGUUGAAUCCAAAUCCUCCUGCAGAAGAUUUGAAGCUGAAGUCUCUGGCAUCAAGGAACCGAUGGCGUCAGUGCGUGAAGUGUAACUAUGUCAUUGAACUUGCUGAAGGUUGCUAUCACAUGACUUGCAGAUGCGGUUUCGAAUUUUGCUAUAUCUGUGGAGCUGAGUGGAAGGAAAAAAAAGCAACGUGUGAUUGCCCACUCUGGGCAGAGGACAAUAUUUGGAUUGAGGAUCACGAGAGUGAUUGGGAAGAAGAAGAUGAAGAUUGGGAAGAUGAUAAUUAUGAUGGUUUUUAA